AUGUUCCAUGGAUUGCCAAGUGAAGACCCCAUUGACCACCUUGAUGAGUUUGAUAGGCUUUGUGAUUUGACAAAGAUCAAUGGUGUCUCUGAAGAUGCCAUCAAGCUGAGACUCUUUCCUAUGUCUCUAGCUGACAAAGCUCACCAAUGGGAGAAGAGCUUGCCCCAUGGCACAAUCACCACUUGGGAUGAAUGCAAGAAGGCCUUUCUUGCUAAGUUUUUCUCCACCGGUCGCACAGCCAAGCUUAGAGGAGAGAUAUCCAGCUUCAUCCAGCGAAACAAUGAGACAUUCGCAGAGGCUUGGGAGAGGUUCAAAGGGUACACAAGUCAGUGCCCACACCAUGGAUUCAACAAUGAAUCACUACUCUCCACUCUUUAUAGAGGAUGCUUGCCUAGGUAUAGGGAGAUGCUAGACACAGCUAGCAAUGGGAACUUCCUCAACCAGGAUGUAGAUGAUGGCUGGCAACUUGUGGAGAACAUAGCCUAUCAAAGAAGCUAUGGAGAAAGUAUGAAGUACAGACUGGAGCUCGACCCGCACUCGAUCGAGCUGACGCUCAAUGCGAAAAGACAUGCUUGCACUCAACUCGAAGUUGGACAAACUGAUCCUAGCCCAAUUCCCUGCCAAGCAUGUCAACUAUGUCUCAGAACAAACCUUAGUAAAGGACCAGGAAGGGGAGGAGACAAAACAUGA